AUGGGUUCGCACCGCACAAGUAGUACGGUCGUACGUAUUCGUGUUGGUCCAUAUUACACCUUACAAUUUUCAACUGAGAAUGUGCAUGAGUUCAGAGUAUAUGUUCCUGACGAUGGUGAUCUCUGGCCCUUCCAAUUCGAAACGUCUCAUCGAUAUUUACCUGGAGCUAUUGAUCGAGAAGUUUUGUGGCCUGCAGGUGUACUAAUGCGCGACAAUGCACGAACAAAAAUUCAAGCUGCACGCCGCGUUGAUGUGGACCGUGAACGACCUACCCGCCUAUGGGAUGGCGUCUGGAUGGAGUACCAAUGGUGUGAUGGGCGUACAGAUUCCGAAGCAUCGAGUACAACACCAAGCCAAAAUUUGCUGUCGCCGGAUUGCGGUGUUUAUCUAUCUACACACAGCAGCGCACCAACAAUCAUUACAGUAGAAUCUAUUUUGCUUCUUUGCUCUCUCGAAACGAUGUCGGAUCAUAAGGCCACCUUAAUCGAUGGCAAGGCAAUCGCCCAAACAAUCCGAUCGGAGAUCGCCGCCGAAGUCUGCCGCCUCUCCGAGACAUAUGGAAAGGUGCCGGGUCUAGCGGUGGUAAUUGUGGGGAAAAGAAAGGAUUCACAGAGCUAUGUCAAUAUGAAAAGGAAGGCCUGUGCCGAAGUUGGGAUCAAGUCUGUCGAUUUGGACCUCCCCGAGGAAGUAUCCGAAUCUGAGUUGAUUAGCAAAGUCCACGAGUUGAACGCAAAUCCUGAUGUUCAUGGUAUCUUAGUACAGCUUCCGCUACCUAAACAUAUAAAUGAAGAGAAAAUUUUAAGUGAAAUAUCCCUGGACAAGGAUGUCGACGGAUUUCAUCCUCUGAACAUUGGCAAAUUAGCAAUGAAAGGCAGAGAUCCUUUGUUUGUCCCCUGCACCCCAAAGGGUUGCCUUGAGCUUCUGUCACGAAGUGGUGUUAGUGUUAAGGGAAAGAAUGCCGUCGUGGUGGGUCGAAGUAACAUCGUUGGUUUACCAGUUUCACUGCUUCUUCUGAAGGAAGAUGCUACUGUUACUAUAGUCCAUUCACGUACAAAGGAACCGGAGAGCAUCGUUCGUAGUGCUGACAUUGUUAUUGCUGCUGCAGGUCAAGCAAUGAUGAUCAAGGGCAGCUGGAUUAAACCCGGUGCUGCAGUAAUUGAUGUGGGAACAAAUGCUGUAGAUGAUCCAAGUAAGAAAUCCGGCUAUAGGCUUGUCGGGGAUGACGACUUCCAAGAAGCAAGUAAAGUAGCUGGAUGGAUAACUCCAGUUCCUGGUGGUGUUGGGCCGAUGACCGUUGCCAUGCUGCUGAAGAAUACCUUAGACGGAGCUAAGAGAGUGAUAGAGCAAUGACUUUGCUUUCUGGCAUCGAAUAAGAUGACCCAUAAUCUUCUCUCUUUAGCAGUACUACUGGAUUGAUUCGCAUGUCCUAUUGGAUCGAUAUCUGAUGAUCUUAGUUGACAUUGUAAUGAUAAAAUGAGGUUUAUGUAUCAAGAUUGCUUUCUGAUUUCUUCCUGAAUUGAUGGUAAGCCGUGUUCUAGAGGAUAGCGAGAUAGUUAAUUUAAUAUGCUUCGGGAGUGUAAUAAUAUCCCACGGAGGACGCUGUGCUGUGUGUUUCCCUGAUCUCCUUUUGAGUUAAUAGUUUAUAUGUGGGUUGGUUGGAA